GUUGAGCAACCGAUUGGAAGUUGGAACAGCAACUUUCCUCAGGCCUUUUGUUAUUGUUUUUGUUUUACGGAUGUGACAGUACGUAAAAUGAUCCAAUCCUUUUUCCCGUUCAAACCGUUUGGGUCCUUUUUUAGAAAUUGAUUCGGCUUUUUAAUGGUAUUGAUAUGGUCCAUUGUACGAAGAACUCUGUCCUUGUUGCGUUCAUUACGAUAGCAGGACUAGUUCAGGUAAAUGGGAAACGAACGAACAUUUGUGGCGAUGACCACAUCCUUCACCAGAAAGGAUCGAUUCACAGCCCGCACUAUCCUAGACCGUAUCCUCCUCAUGUCAACUGUACUUGGACGAUACUUUUGCCUCCCAAGUCUCACCUCACCAUCAUAUUUACUGAUUUUGACAUAGAAGAAGACAAAAAUUGUACAGAACUUCCUUGUUGCACAUCAAAUUAUUUAUCAUUGCCGACAAACGGUUCCAAUGCUUAUGCAAAUUUCUGUGGCAAUUAUUCUCCCACCAGUCCGUUGAAUCUUGUUAAAGAUCAGGCCAUUAUAGAAUUUAAAUCGUCAGACACAAAAUCAUUGUCAAGGGGGUUCAACUUGUCUUAUGUUAUUGUGAGAACUGUUUGUGAGACAAACGACUUUCAUUGUCUCGAUGGAACUUGCCUUCCAAAAUCUGUGUGUUGCGAUGGAAUAGCACAUUGCCCUGAUAAAUCUGAUGAACUGCAAUGUCAAGGCUUGGAUUGUGAAAGAACAUAUUUGGGUAUGAAACCAUGUAACAAUGCAAAAUGUUUACAUGCCACUCUGUGGUGCGAUGGUAAUGAUGACUGUGGAGAUAAUUCUGAUGAAGAAAACUGCAUUAGAAAUUCUGUUAUCAGUGCUACUAUUAUGGGAUGUUUAUUCUGUGGUCUUAUGCUUGUAAUAGCUGUCAUGUGUGCCCUUCGACUGUACACUAUAAGAAAUGAAGCAGCAACAUAUCGAAUUCCACUACCACCCCAUGUUUCAGCAAGGCUAAGCUUUACGAAUUCAAUUUCACUGCCUGCUUUGAUUGAUGAUGAAUUUUUCCAUCGUGAGCCACCACCUGCGUAUUCAGUUGCUGUUGGACAGACCGACGUUGGGCUGACUGGUAUCGAAAUAGAGCCCAAUAUUAGACGAUCAAGGUCGCGAUGCCAUAGGCUUAAACCACCGACACCACCACCUAGUACUGACACUUCGAAUCAAAGCUCUCCAAGUCGUGGUAGCAUCACCUCAUCCUCUUACCUUUCCAAUGAUGAUAGUACAAUUCUGGGUACUUAAAAUUUAAAUAUCGAUUCCUAAAAGUAAUUUUAAUGUUAUGAUGUAAUUAGGAUAAUUUGUGUGUGUAUGUGUGCGAUUGUGUGUGUGUGUGUGUGUGUGUGUGUGUGUGUGUGUAUGUAUGUAUGUAUGUAUAAACGUGUUAUUUUCAACCAAAUUAAGUGAUCAUGAUUUGAUUGUGUACGUUCUAUUUAUUGUAGCAAUUGGAGAGUGAAAUAUAUUUAAAAAUUAUUAACCAAAGAGAAAAGUUAGCCAAACGUUGUUAAAUAUGUUUUGUUUUAAUAUGAAUAUUUUUGUUUUAUACAGAAUAUGUAUAAAAGGAUAUAAUAUAUCCAAUAUCUUGUGUAAAAUAAAUGUUAUUACAUUGUUAUUGUUCAUCUUCGUUUGUACAUAAAUGUAAAUGAAUUAUAUUGAAUAUGCAUUAAUAUAUUUCUUUUUAUUUUGCUCAAAUUUUUACUUCAAUGUGCUAAUUUUUGUAAAUUAAGUAUUAAUUUUGAAAUUGUAUUAUAAUAAUUUGAGUGUGCACGUGCUCACAUGACUAUGCAUUCACUAGUAAGGCUUUAAAAUUUUAAAGUGAGUUCUUAGCUAGUCAGUUUCAUUGACAAUUAUACUGACACAUGUUGAGAAUUAUUUUUUAAUACCACUGUUAUUCAUUGAUUUUAUUUUAGUUGAUACAAAAAAUUGCAAGAAUAAAUGUUUUUCUCAAUUGUAUUAUUAUUUAAAAAAGAAUCACUGUACAUCAGAUGGCUGUAUACAGAUUGGGUGACAGUAAUAGGAGUGGACUAAGUAAACAUCCUUGUCCUACUCCCUGGUUAACUGUGAGUGAUUCUGUUCUAUGUUCUACCGAUAGAUGUCCAAACUGAGCAAUUGAACAAGUAUAAGGCAAGUCUACUGUAUCAAAAGAAGCUUAAAGCUAGUUAAUAUAGUCAUAUUUUAAUAAUAAUAAAUAAAUACAAAUAUGCAGUCAGUGCGUUCCUUUUUGAAGAUGGUUUUACUUAGUAAAAGCAAGUAUAAACAAGUUUUGUUUAUUUUCACGUUUUUCUCACUUAUUUUGAAGUUUAUGAGUUUAAUUAUUGUGCUGAUCGACUCAGAAGGCUUGAAAUCUAUGAGACCCAAUAUGAGACACAAAAUAUGAUUUUUUUCUCUCUUAUUUUGAUAAUUACAGGUUUAAUUCUGGCACUAAUCUAUUCAGGAGAGUCCAAUCUAAAAGAAGCAAAUGUAAAUGAUAUUUUCAAAAUCUGUUUUUUGUUCUUAUUAUUUGUUUUGUGUUUUACAAUUUUUUCCGCUAAGGAGAAAAAAAAGUGGUUUAUAAUUUUAAUUCUUGUGCUGAUCAACUAAGGAGGGUAAAAAUAUAAGAUCCACAAAUUAUGAAUUUUUAUGGUUUUUGCUUUUUUUGAUAUUUAUGAGCUUAAUUCUGGCACUAAACUACUCAGGAGUCAAAUCAAAGGGAUGCUAGUAUAAAUAACAUUUUAAAAAUAAUUUAUCAUUUAUCUUGAGAUUUACAAGCUUAAUUUUUGUGCUGAACAACUCAGGAAAGAGGAACCUAUAAAUAAGAAUGUAUAAGAACAACACAAGGCUUAAGGAAAUUUUCAAUCAUGUCUCAUUCCUCGAAGGAAUCAGCUCAUUGAAAUAUAAAUAGGACUCUAACAGACAAAGAAAACAUACUUAAUUGGCAUUAAAACACAUGAAAUGAAAAUUAAACAUAAAAAAAUAUAACAUACAUAAAUAUAACUUAAUUCAAAUAAUUUGCAUUCUGUUUCAUUGUACUUAGUUCCGAAAUAUUACUGACAUUAUAAAAGUUUUAAAUAUGUGUACAUCAAUAUGUCUUGUAAUUGGACCAUCACUGAUAAUCUAGGUCUGUCAGACACAUUUUGGCAUCUCGUCAUCCUCAGUGUUUGGUAUA